CCUGCACAGUAUGUAGAUGUACCUGACCUGUGGGCACUGGGCAAGAACUGGGGCAUGAAGCAGGGCGCCCUACUUUGGGUGUAUUAGCUGGGCGUGCUCACGUUUACCUUGAUCCGCUCCCGGGCUCCUAACACUGCCUGGAAGGCCGUUCGAAGGGCUUUCAAGUUUGCCUCGGGAUGGAUGCGUGUCGGUUCUAGCCGUGCAUGUAAUUUUGCGAGAAAAGCAGCCUGGCAAGACAUGGCAGGGCGUGGGAAGCAUAUGGUCAUGCCUGCAUGGAUGACUAAGCAGCAAGGAGGGGUUGCGCAAGCACCCGUAAUUGGUCAGAGUGCAGAAAAUGGUGGCGAAAAGGCAACCACCGCAGCACCACCACUGCCCCUCCCCCCGAAGGCACCCCCCUUCUCCCCCCCCGCUCGUGCCCCCUCCCCUCCCCGAAGCAGCAGAAGGCCGUCUCGGUCCCCACCCCGGCGGUCCAGGAGAAGAUCGCCGAGCCCCGAUCGUCGGCGCAGGAGAAGUCCCACCCCAGACUUCCGCCGCAGGAGAAGCCCCAGCCCCGACCGUCACCGUAGGCGGCGAAGCAACGACAGGGACGACGAUUACGACCGGUAUUCUUCCCGAAGGCGGCGUCGGAGCGUAAGCAGGUCGCCGCCUCGGAGGGGCCGGUAUCGGAGCCCUGACCGCCGCAGCCGUCGUUAUUCCCCUUCCCCGAGCCCUCCCCGCCGCCGCUACAGCCGCUCCCCCACUCCACCCCGCAGAUCCUCCCGUAGAAGUCCGACCCCCCCUCGAAGGCGCCGAUCGCCGACCCCCCCUCGCAGCAGAAGGUCGCCCUCCCCUCGUAGGGGCCGAUCACCCACCCCCCCUCGCGGAAAAAUCCCGACUCCCCCUACAGAAAAGCUGGCCGCGGACAGGAGAUGGUCGCCGAGUCGGUCGCCUCCCCCUAGAAACGGGCCGUCCCCUGAGCCUGCGCGAGUGGACUCUCCGGUUGGGGGCCCUCGGAGAGAAUCGAUCGAAAUGGCUCAUGAGAAGGGAGAUGCGAUGUAGUCGGCAAGCGGCGAAGUCUGUGUUUUUGGUCGUCAAGAAAGUGCAUGUCUGGAUUACAGGAGUGACAGACUCUAACAUCGGAACAUUCAACGAUUGGAGCAAUUAACGAGAUUUUCAACAUGAUCGUGCCUCCUUCUACGUGCGAC